AUGCCUAUAGGCUUAUUGUUAGAUUCUGUUCAAACCCAAUGUAGAGGACCUAAGACGGGGAUUACUCUGUUACUCUGGUAUGCAGAAUGGUGUCAGAAUGGUUUAUCCCUGAAUCUGAAGGGACGUGUGUAUCAAGCUACAGUGCUGGCUGCUUUGUUGCAUGGCUGUGAGACUUGGCCUAUUCGAGCAGCGGAACUGAGACGUCUUCAGGUGUUCGACAAUCGUUGUCUCAGAACCAUAGCUCGUAGGAGUAUGAAGGAGAUCACGAAACGCUUGGGUGCUGUCGGUGCUACUCGCCUUCCAGGAUGGGGACCGCGUGAUCCUCACUGUGCCUGGUUGGAGACACUACAAGAUAUGGCUGCCAACCGAUGUCAGUGGCGUUCUUGUUGUCAGUUUCUAUCCAGAUUGCCUGAGCUUUCAAAUAAAUCAUGGUUGUACGGCAGUGAAGCAUCGGUGUUGAACGCUGAUGUCAGCGCUGAUUUUCCGACCGAAAGGUCCGUGGUUCGAAUCCGACCUCUGCCUCUGGACUUCCCCUGUCUAGGCUUGGGUGACCUGGCAGUAUCCCAGCCCUCGUACUUCUUUCGGCACCGGAAGGGUGCCCAUGGUUCGAACCCGACCCGCUCUGCCUCAAGACUUCCCCUGUCUGACAGUAUCCCAGCCCUCGUGCAACCUUCGGGUGGCAUGGCAUUUGGGCACCGAAAGGGUGCUAAAGCUGAACGAUUUUUAAGGUGCGAAUUCAAUGACCGGAAUGCUCAUGGUUCGAACCCAACCCUGGCAUCUCUAAUGCUCUUGUCUAGACUUGAGAAAAAUGGCAGUACCUCGGUCCUCGUGGGUCUUUCGCGUGGCGCGGCAGCUCGGCACACCAAACGGAAACUUGACCGCUGCGCGCUGAGGACGUCAAAAGACUUUCAGUGUUCAACCAUCGAUGUCCUCGGAGCAUUGCCCGAAUCUGGUGGGAACACCGGAUCAGCAAUUCUGAAGUACGUCGAAUGGUAUUCGGGAGAAACGACUCACCCUCGAUAG